AUGAAGCUCAUCAUCCUGGACCACUAUUUGGAGGCCAGCGAGUGGGCAGCUAAAUAUAUCAGGAACCGCAUCAUCCAGUUUAAUCCAGGGCCAGACAAAUACUUCACCCUGGGUCUUCCCACUGGGAGCACCCCACUUGCCUGCUACAAGAAGCUUAUUGAAUACUACAACAACGGGGACCUCUCUUUCAAAUAUGUGAAGACUUUCAACAUGGAUGAGUAUGUGGGCCUUCCUCGAGACCACCCUGAGAGUUAUCACUCCUUUAUGUGGAACAACUUCUUCAAGCACAUUGACAUUGACCCAGGAAACACCCACAUUCUGGAUGGGAAUGCAGCCGACCUGCAGGCUGAGUGUGAUGCCUUUGAAGAGAAGAUCAAGGAUGCUGGUGGGAUUGAGCUGUUUGUUGGAGGUAUUGGCCCUGAUGGACACAUCGCCUUCAAUGAGCCAGGCUCCAGUCUGGUGUCCAGGACCCGUGUGAAGACACUGGCUAUGGACACCAUCCUGGCCAAUGCUCGGUUCUUCCACGGAGAUCUCUCCAAGGUGCCCACCAUGGCCCUAACAGUGGGUGUUGGCACCGUCAUGGAAGCUAGAGAGGUGAUGAUCCUCAUCACAGGUGCUCACAAAGCAUUCGCCUUGUACAAGGCAAUCGAGGAGGGCGUGAGCCACAUGUGGACAGUGUCUGCCUUCCAGCAGCAUCCCCGCACUAUCUUCGUGUGCGAUGAGGAUGCCACCCUGGAGCUGAAAGUGAAGACCGUCAAGUAUUUCAAAGGUUUAAUGCUUGUUCAUAGCAAGUUGGUGGACCCCUUGUACAGUAUGAAAGAGAAAAUUGAGCCUCCCAAGAAACCCUACAGUGAUUAG